AUGUCGAAAUCCGAGAAGGUCAGCAAGAAGUCCAAGAAGGAGAAGCCCGAGGAGGUUGUCGCCGCGCCGGCAGAUACGGUCGCGGACGUGGUCGACGACGGCGCGAAGAAAAGCAAGAAGGACAAGAAGGAAAAGAAGGAGAAGAAGGACAAGAAAGACAAGAAGGACAAGAAGGAGAAGAAGGAAAAGAAGGACAAGAAGAAGAAGGCCAAGAGCGAAGAUCAGUCCUCCGACGAUGUGCCUGCAAGUGCGCCUGAGGCAAGCGAACCCGCCGAGGAGCCCAAGUCGAAGAAGAGAAAGCUCGAGGAGACAUCCGAUGAGCUUGCCGAAGAGCAAGAAUAUGAGGAAGGGCCGUCCGAGGAGAAGAACGCGAAGGCCGCCAGCGCACCCUCCGACUCCGACUCCCACCCGGCGCCUGAAGGCAAUGACAAGUCCGCAACCCGCUUCAUCGCAUUCAUUGGCAAUCUUCCCUACACCGCUACCAAGGAGUCCAUCGCGAGCCACUUUGCCAAGGUGCCACCUGCUUCCAUCCGCGCUCCCAUGACCAAGGACAACAAGAAGAGCAAAGGCUUCGCUUUCAUCGAAUUCGACCGCUACGACUACAUGAAGUCGUGCCUGAAGCUGUACCACCAUUCCAGCUUCGACGAUGGCAAGAGCCCCGCCAGGAAGAUUAAUGUCGAGUUGACUGCCGGCGGCGGCGGUUCAAAAUCAGAAGCCCGCAAAGAGAAAUUGAAGUACAAAAACGAGAAGCUCAACGAGCAGCGCAAGCGACGCAACGAACAAGAGACUAAGGAGGAGGCGCGCGCCCGCAAGAAGGCCAAAUAUGCGCCUAAGGGUAACAAGAAGGCUAAAAAUGGGCCAGGAAAGGGUGCCAAUGCUCAGCCGGUGGCAGAAAGAGGCCCGCCACAGUAUGAUGGUGCUGGUGAUGACGCUAACUCCGCUGAUAAUGGUGGUAUCCAUCCUGCGCGCUUGGCCAUGAUGCGGAGGUAG